CUUCACUUCCUCUUUAUUGAGCAGGAAGGAAAGUUAGUGUGGAGGAGAAGAGAAGUUCUGGUGUCGGUUCUGAGUCUCUCAGGCGGUGAAGCUGCAAUGUCUUCCUCUAUCGUUGGUAAGCCGAUCUCAGCAAUAGCCUGGGCCUCCAACAACUCCACAUGUCCUGCCCAUUUUACCAUGAUUGCUAUGACUGAAGAUGGAGCCAUUGCCAACUUCACCCGAGGCUUCGGUCUGAAAUCUGGAUACUUUCUGUGUUACAGCAAGGAUCUGUCAGGUGGAAUGGUGGUGUCUGAUGUUCAGAUGAUCUCUGAGAAGGAUGUGAUUCCUCACGGUUACUGCUACAUCCCUGAGUUCAUGGAGUCCAGGUCCUCUGUGUGGAAGAAGAAGCGAGUGUGUGUGCGUAUCGUUCCUGUGGACAGUGUAACAACUGCCGUUCUGGACAUCCGAGUGACAGCCAAGAGCAAGAUGAUGCUUCCGCAGUACACCUGCCUGGGGGACAUUUUGGGCUAUGUGCUGUGGUGUCAGAAAGGCUUGUUCUCGUCUCCGGUUCCUCAGGCGAAGCCUCGCAGUCUAAGCAUCGACAUGCGGCAUCUCUCUCUGGAAGCCACCGCACCGCUGCCCCUCAAACCCAACAACCAGCUGUCUCAACCCCCACCCAAGGUCAGCCGUCGCCGUAACACCCUGGGGAAUCCGCAAACCACUGAGAAGGCGUCGGAGAGCAGCAACAUUUAUGGUAUUACAGCGAUGGAUGGAGUUCCUUUUGCUCUUCACCCCAAAUUUGAAACUCAAGCUGCCGAGAAGAUGUCCAUCUCUGCUCUGGAUAAUAUUCGUAUUAAAUCACUCCAGGACAUAGAGCACGAGUAUAAAUACACGUUCGCAGUCGAGGAACAGGCUGCCACGAGACCCCGCUCCUAGGUGACCUCACUCCUGUAAACCCUGCCCACCAAUUAUACUCGACUCUGGCUUUUUAUUUAUAUUUUUGUGACACAAACUUUCUCACAAACAUUGCUAAUGAUGACCAAAGGAUUUUUUUUUUUUUUUAAACGUGUCCUGUGCAUGUCCUGUCUGAUUGUUAGUCCUCGUUUACUCUCAUUAACACAACACUGAAUUUCUCCAUUUAAAGGGGAAAUUUCUCACCGAGUCCUGAGUGAACGUGAGCACGGCUCCUUCAGUGUUUAUCAAAAUCAUUCCUCACAGAGCGAUGGUUUGAUUUUAUUUGCCAUGUUCAUAAAGUGAAGUAAAGGAUGAAAAAAUACGGCCUUUUGAACGAGACAGACUUUAUUAAUGCUGCCUGUGUAGGUGCUGUUAAACUUAACGCUAAAGAUUCCAAUAUUACAACAUAACACAUUUUAUUAUUAUUAUUAUUAGUAGUAGUAGUAGUAUUAUACUGUUGCCAGAUUGGGAAUUUCCAAUCCAAAAGGUUUAUAUUUAUCCACACUAUGGGAAAACUCUUUGGGAGGGGGGAAGCUUUAUUGAAAUGAUCCAAUCACGUGACCCCACAGGGUCGUGACCCCACUCAGCUCUGUGUUUUUCAUAAUUCUAUCAACAAUUAACAAAUAUUUCAUUAGUGAAGCAGAAGUCUGUUUUUAUGUGCUAAGCUGUAAUUUGUUGUUAUUGUCAUGGGUACAUUUACUUUAUUACAUUAGUCAUUUCAGUGUGACAGUCAUGCACAACCGCCAGCCAAUCACAGAUGAGUAUUUUCAGGGCCUGUGGCGUGUUCCGGAAUAAACUCCUCCACAGUACCGAGGGCACUGAUGCUCUGUACUCUUUCACUUGUUUCGCACUGAUUGACCCAACUGUUAAUCUGACACUACAUUUUAAAUGAAAAACUGCGAUAUAAACACUAAUAAAUCAGUUUAGCUGUGUGACGUUUGCACCAUCAUUCACCUUUUCUCCAGAAAGAGGCGGAGUAGCUGCAGGACUUCAUUCCAGCCAAUCAGAAGCUUAAACAGCUGGAAUGCGGUGUGGCUCCUGCUGGAUUGGAACAAAAGCCUGCAGCCACUCCAGCCCUUCGUGGACGAGAUCAGACACCCUUCCAUAUAUGGUCAGGUGAGGUGAGGUUAAUGACCAUCUCUGCCUCAAUUGGCCAAUCAGAAUCCAGGAUUCCCCAUACCUGUGUAAUCCCUCCCCCAUACCGUGAUGCCUGCCCCGUUCUCCAGAAUCGCACUCUGAAGUGUGUACUUGUUUGUACUAUGUAUGUCGUAAGUGAAGGAAAAAAUAAAUGCCCCCCAUGGUCAUGGUUUUUGCUGCCUGAUGGAACAUUCUAAUAUCAUGAUGCAAAGUUUCUGGUCGUUUUGUUAUCUGUAAUGUUGUGAUAUGUAAAUAUGUGUCUGUUUUAAUUAACCAGAUCUGUGGAAUGGAGAUGUAGUGAGUUACAGGUUUACUCUGAAAUAAUAACUAAUAAUUUCUACUGGUGUAGGAAACAAGCAAUAAACUUAAACACACCCCAUCUGGGUACCAGACUGCAGCCACACUUCCUUUAGGGUUUUUUUUUUUUUAAAGAAAUGAGUGAAAGGACUUUUAAUUUCCAAGUAUUUAAAAACCUGUAUCUUUUCAUUUAUUGUAAUUUUUAAUAUGACACGAUAUAUGAAGGUGAAAUGUAGAGUAAAUGCAGAAAACAAAAAGAUCUCCUCCUCCUCCCCCCCAAAAAAAAAAAAGUUGGUGUAAUUGAAAAGUAAUUCACAUCAAGCUGUCUAUCAAAAAGCAAAAGUUUUACAAAGCUUAUGAUGUAUUUCAUGUGAUUCUCAGCUAUAUAUUUUUUUGUAAAGUUGUGGUUAUCAGUUAAGACCAUAAAUUAUUUUAAUUGUGUUUUUUUUGUUGCCAAAAUACAGAAACAUCCUGUCAGUGUUUGUUUUCUAGAACACUCUGGUCUUGUUGUGGGCUCUGGAGGCUUCAGGUAGUUUAACACUAUUGAAAGCUUCUUUAUAUUGCUUUUGGUUUAUAAUCACAUUAUUGAUUUAAACAUUUGUAUUUAUUUAACUUUUUUUUAAAUGUUAGAAGCAAAGUUUAAAGGGUGAGUUUGUUCAUGUCUGUAAUAAAUGUCUGUAUUAAAUGUACUUUUGUGCUUUGGAACAAUUAGGGUUUUUUGGAGAACCUGGUUCAGUGCAGAGAUGCACCUGGUUCUGUUACGAGUUGUAAAGUCAAAUCAUAAAGUAUGAAAUAAAGUGUGUUAAUGAUGA